AUGUCUAGUCUCAUGGACGCACUUGGAAAAUCAAACGAUGAUGAAACUCCAAAAGGGGACGUGAAAGUCAACAAACCGAAGCCGAUAGCUAGUAUAAAGCACUUCUCUGAAACAAGUUCUUACCAAAGUUCAGAAAUGGAAUCCAUCCCAAAACAGUUCGCAAUCGGAGAAGGAUCAGGCACUCCAAAAAGAGAACCCGAUAUAAAUGAAGUCUUUACAAGUGAUGAAGAAAUGGAUUUCUCAGGAACCGGACGCCAAGAAGUACCGCCAAAGCAAUUCUCCUCAAGAAUCAUGGUCUUCACGCUUGAUGACAUCCCGUUCGAUAAAUGGAAUGACCGACUUGACGAAUUCCAUGCCUGGAUGAAUUCCGAGGCAAUCACAUCUCCAUUGGGGCUCGUUAUACAACAAUUUACAGCAAGACUGUCCGGUGCACUCAAAGAAUGGUGGAAUUCUCUUGGUGAAUACCGUCAACAACAGGUCUAUCAGGCAACAAUACCAGCUCUCUUGGGAGAGAUUCACAGAGAGUUCAUCGGUACACCAACUCAUCUCAAAGAACAACUACAAGAAGAGUUCUUCACGGCAAAAUGUUGUUCACUAAGAACGAAGGAUCUUGCAAAACAUUUCGAACGACAAACGAGGAGAUAUUAUACGCUCGACGGUCUUAAUAACCCAAGCCUGAAGCAAGUCUAUCUUUCGUCUAUCGAUGAAUAUCUGAGCCAACAAACUAAGUUAUACAUCAGAGAUCAAGGCCAAACAGUUGAAGAAAUUUCCAUUGGACAGAUUCAGCAAUACGUUUUCCGAACACUUGACAAGCUGUGCAAACAGAAGAAGUUCUGGACAGAAUUCAUGAACAAAUCAAAGCAUCUUUCGAAGAUAUGUGCAAGGCCGGACCUAUCUAUCAAAUUUCGACGCAAAGGAUUCCUCAGAAAAAAGCGAAGUUUUGAGAAAACAACAAAGUGCUUCCUAUGCCACAAAGAAGGACAUUUCGCAAAGAACUGCCCCAACAGAUCAAGAAAGAAGAAGCAAUAUCUCAUCAACUCUAUCUCAAAUAUAGCUCCGGAUAUCGAUAUCGACAACCAUGAUCUCGAGUCGGUAUUAUCAUACGACAGCGAUGACAAGGACGCUUUAUGUGAAUAUUCGGAGUACGACUAUUCAUCAGAGUCCUCCGAUGGCGAAAACGAAGAUGAAUGCUGCUUUAAAAUUACACAAAUACCAAAGAAGGAUGAAAUCCAAACGCCUCAUUUACCGGUCACGAUCUUUGAUCCCUCGGAAAAAGAAGGCCCAGUUCAUGCGAUCGCGUUUAUUGACACAUAUGCUUAUACAUCCAUCAUGAACCCAAAAAUUCUUCCUAAAUCCAUGUGGCUGCCGCACCAACAAGAGUUCAGGGUUGCAAACUCGGGUUCCCUCACAGUCAAGCUCAAGUCAAAACCGAUAACAAUUGAACUCUUCCCCGGAUGCCAAAUCACAACCGAAGUCCUGGGAUCAUCUGCACCAGGAAAAGAUCUGGUACUAGGGUGGGAUACAUAUUAUGCACUAAAGAAAAAUUUCGAUAUUUCACUCGAACCACGAGGCAUGAAGUGGAAGUCCCUUUACAAGGCGUUUACAGCGAUACCUCGCCUGUUCCCUAUCAAAGAAACACCACCGGGUUAUGAUCAUGGAGAUUUCGAAAAAAAUCAAAGAAGAAAUCACGAUAAUCUCUUGUGCCGACUCCCAUACGGAUUUCCUUCAAAAGUGCAAAAAUCCAUUAUGGCUAAACUCGGAGUUCUUCGUCACAUUGCCUUUCAAAGAAAACGUACAUACAACACCCACGAGAGCAAGUCAUGCAGGAAUGCCGCCUACUCUCCUACAACAGGCAAAUGA